CAACGCUAAACUAUAAGUAUAUUUCAAAUAUAAUGCAUUAACUAACGGUCUAUUAAGGUGCGAUUCUCAAUAUUCGAGCAAUUACAUGUCUGCUGGGCUAUCGUGGCUAUAAUCCAUAACUAUGGAUCCGGAAUCGAACGCCGUUACCAGCACAACUACCACAAGUGGUAUCACUACCAUUUUCCUGAACCGACCUCAUCGCCGCAACGCAGUCAAUCCAGCGACUGCCAAAAGAUUAUAUGAAAAGAUCCUGGAAUUCGAAAAUAACCCCUCGCAGAAAGUAUGCAUUCUAGCUGGAUUGAACGGUACUUUUUGUGCCGGAGCGGACCUGCAUGAAGUAGCUAGAAUGGAGCGAUCGACGAACGUACCGGAAAACCUGCAACCUGUGUCGAAUGGCAAUCUGGGCCCAAUGGGCCCCAGUCGACUUCAAGUGAAAAAGCCCGUCAUCAGCGCCGUAUCUGGGUAUGCCGUAGCUGGUGGUCUGGAAUUAAGUCUUAUAGGAGACAUUCGCGUGGCAGAAGAUGAUGCUGUGUUUGGCGUGUUCUGCAGAAGAUGGGGCGUGCCAUUGAUUGAUGGAGGUACUGUCCGCUUGCAAGCAAUCAUUGGUCUCGGUAGGGCCCUGGAUAUGAUCUUGACAGGACGGCCUGUCAAUGCCCAGGAAGCCUUGACAAUGGGCCUGGUAAACAGAGUGGUUCCCAAAGGAAAGGCUCUCGAAGAAGCUAUGGAUAUUGCAAAUCAACUGCUUUCAUUCCCACAGGAAUGUAUGAACGUUGACAGGCAGUCAUGCUAUUAUAGCGCUUACAAUGCCACCUCAUUCGAGGAUGCUUUGCGGGAAGAGUUUAGACGUGGUGUCGGGGUUAUAACUUCAGAGAGCAUUAAGGGUGCUACUAGAUUCAAGGAGGGUCAUGGAAGGCAUGGAAGUUUUGGCGAUACUACGAAGUUGUAAUUUUGAUGAUAUCCAUUUCUCUUAUUAGUUUCAAAUCUGUUAAAGUCCCAUUGAUAGAUGGACAAAUUGAGUAUAUCCGAG